CAUUACAUAUAUAGCUUAGAUUCUUCUCUGCACUCUUCCUUUCUCGUCAGAGGAAAAAGAAACUACUCUUUUUUACAUAAAACUUUUGGUUUCUUCUGCCCAAUAAUUCUAACGUUGUCCUUCUUCUACUUCGAUUCCUACUUCUUUUUGUUUUCUUUUUCUGUUGAAAAACAAUCUGUGAGAUGACAAUGGAACAAGAUAUUGAAGCUAUGGACCAGUUUCCACUAGGGAUGAGAGUUCUUGCCGUUGACGAUGACCAAACUUGUCUCCGUAUUCUCGAGACUUUACUUCACCGCUGCCAAUACCACGUUACAACAACGGAUAAGGCACAGACCGCACUGGAGUUGUUGAGGGAGAACAAGAACAAGUUUGAUCUCGUGAUUAGCGAUGUUGACAUGCCAGACAUGGAUGGUUUCAAGCUGGUUGAGCUUGUUGGUCUUGAAAUGGACUUACCUGUCAUAAUGUUAUCUGCGCAUAGCGAUCCAAAGAAUGUGAUGAAAGGAGUCAAGCACGGUGCCUGCGACUAUCUCGUUAAACCGGUUCGAAUCGAGGAGCUCAAGAACAUAUGGCAACACGUGGUGAGGAAAAGCAAGUUCAAGAAGAUGAUAAAGAGCAUUGUGACUACUAAUUGUGUAUCUGAGGGAAACUCUGAUCAAAACGGGGUGAGGGCAAACAGAAAACGUAAAGAUCAGCUUGAAGAGGAAGAUGAAGAACAAGAAGAACAAGAAAGAGGGAAUGAAAAGAAGCCUCGUGUUAUUUGGACGCGAGAGCUGCACAAUAAGUUCCUAGCAGCCGUUGAUCAUGUGGGCGUUAAGAACGCUGUACCAAAGAAGAUUCUUGAGCUGAUGAAUGUUGACAACCUCACAAGAGAGAAUGUUGGAAGCCACCUUCAGAAAUUCCGGUUAGCCUUGAAGAAAAUAAACAAUGAAGCCAAUCAACAAGCUAACCUGGACUCACAAUUUACACAAAUGAGUUCACUCAAAGGACUUGGCAGCUUCCACCACUACCGUCCCAUACCUCUUGGAUCCAGUCAGUUCCAUGGUGGAGCCGCAACCAUGAGGCAUUACCCAUCAAAUAGGACCUUGGCAGGAAUGUUCUCAUCAUCGCUUCCUCGUAACCACAAUGAUGGAGGUUACAUGCUUCAGGGAAUGCCACUUCCUCCACUAGAAACUCUUCAUAUAGCCAAUAACAACAACAACAACAAGGCUUUUCCGAGCUUUACUUCACAACAAAGCUCUCCGCUAGUUUCUCCCAAUAAUCACUUUGUUCCUGAGGGUCACCAGGGGUUUUCUCCUCACUUGGAGAUCAACAAACGUCUUGAAGACUGGUCAAACGCUGUGUUGUCAAACAACAUUCCACAGAGUAAUCUUCAUUCAAAACCAGAUGCCUUGGAAUGGAACUUGUUCGGCAACUCAACCAGCCCAAACCUGGAUACAACAAAUCAGACGUCAUUCUGCAGAGACACAGAUUUUGGAUCCCCAAAUGCUGCCCAAGCAGACUCUUUUGAUCCAUUACAGAUGAAGCAGCAGCAUGAAAACAUCUUAAGUCCUAUGACAGUUGCUCAACUGUUGAGAAGUAGCAGUGGUAAUGAAGGGUUAUUCAUGGGACAACAGAAGCUAGAGAACGGCUUCAUGGCUUCAGAUACCGGUUCCUUGGAUGAUAUAGUCAAUUCCAUGAUGACUCAGUAUGAAAGCUCUAUUAGACUUCUCCAACCGAGCUCCUUCAAUAUGGAAGAUACACUGGUCUGGUUGUCGGAGAAGUCGGGUUGUUAUUCCACAAAGUCUGGCUAUGCGCUGACUAAACUCGCCGGAGAAAACAGAGCUCAUCAUCAGAAUACGGCUCAGUUCAGCUGGAAGGCUAGUAUAUGGAAUAUCGAUACCUCCCCCAAAUUGAAACUCUUCUUGUGGAAAUUGGCGAAUCGUGCCUUACCUGUUGGGGAAGCUUUGGCCAGAAGAGGGAUUGCAGCUACAACAACUUGUAAACGUUGCGGUGCCAUUGAGAGUGAGAUCCAUACCUUUUUCCAAUGCCCUUUUGCUGAAAAAGUUUGGGAUCUUAUCCCGGCGCUGCACAAACCGAUUAGCUCAACCUCCAAUAUUCUGAACCUCAUCGACAUCAGCAAGAAGAUGAUCACUCUACCACCUGCAGGUAUCACUAAACCUCUGUUCCCCUGGCUGUUAUGGAACCUAUGGACAUGCAGGAAUCAACUCCUGUUUGAAGACAAAAAGUUCUCUGAGGUUGAGGUCCUAAACAAGUCAAUCAGAGACGCAAGGGAGUGGAGUAAUGCCCAAGCCAUACCUGUAUCAAAUCCUCCAGCUCCCCCGCCUCCUAGCGCUCUCAAUUACUCUUCCACUGCUACUGCUUGUUUUACAGAUGGAGCGUGGGAUAAUGUCACUAAAACUGGCGGGAUGGGAUGGUGUUUCCAUGAUCACUUGGGUUCAGUAACUCUACAAGGUGCUGAUGCAAAGAGAUAUGUCGGCUCUGCUUUGAUGGCAGAGACUCUAGCUCUUAAAAUGGCACUGACAACCGCAGUUCGCAAUGAUAUCCUCGACCUGAGGUGUUUUUCAGACUCUCGCAGUCUUGUUUCUCUGCUCACGACAAAUACAUCCGUUGUUGAGCUCCAAGGGAUCCUCCACGACAUCCGCGUGUUGAGUAGUUCCCUUAACUCUAUCUCUUUUCAUUACAUUUCUCGUUUAGAGAAUGGAUUUGCGGACGGGCUAGCUAAGUCUGCUCUCGCCCUUUGUAUGAACUCACCUCCCUCGAUGGAGUAACUAUCUAGUUUCUAAUGAAUGAAUGAAGUAUGGUUUGAACAAAAAAAAAAAAAAAAA